GAUCACUCGAUCAUGUGAAAAAGCCCAAUGCAACCAACAUGACAUCAAUUGGUCCCACCAAUCAAUUCACAAGCCACAACAACAAAACUAACAAACACAGAAAUAUGGAUAAUCCAUAUUAUAGACCAAUCCAAAACCUUCAAAACCCCAAAAACACCAUCAAAUUAUUAACACAACACCUUUCUUCCAACCCAGAAAAAAAUGCAGGCCUUGUACACUAACACCAGAGUGUUGGCACCAACUGUAAAUUCCCAAUUUUGUCAUUCCACUCAUUUUCUCUCUCUUAUUCCUCAAUACCCUUUUGCUCAAAUUUCAUUCCCAUCUCAAUUCUCUCUUCAAAAUCUAAACUUUACUGGUAAUUGCUCAUUUAGAAUCAGACCCAUUAUCCAAGCUUCUUCUUCAUCUUCAUCAAUGGCUUCCUCUGAAACUCCAUCUACUGAAACCAAGCCUUUCUCUGUUCUCUUUGUUUGUUUAGGGAAUAUCUGUAGAAGCCCAGCUGCUGAGGGGGUUUUCAGAGAUUUGGUUAAAAAAAGAGGGCUUGACUCUAAUUUCACCAUUGAUUCUGCAGGCACCAUUGGUUAUCAUGAGGGUAACCCAGCAGAUUCGAGAAUGAGAUCAACUGCAAAAAGGCGUGGGAUUGAGAUAACUUCAAUAUCAAGGCCAAUUCGGCCAUCUGAUUUUAGGGAUUUUGAUCUCAUUCUUGCAAUGGACAAGUCUAAUAGAGCUGACAUACUGGAGGCAUUUGAUAAGUGGAAACAAAGAAACAACCUUCCUCCUGAUGCUGAUAAAAAGGUUAAGCUAAUGUGCUCCUAUUGCAAGAAACACGACGAAACUGAAGUACCAGACCCUUAUUACGGUGGACAACAAGGCUUUGAAAAAGUAAUGCUUGAUCACUUUACUUCCCGUAGUUUGAUAAUGCAUUAUAAGCUCACAUUUUGCUGGUUUUUAAAUGUUUGAACCGUAAAUAUUAAGUAUAUAAAAUCAAAAGUUCUAUUUCUGAUUGAGUUGGCGAAAUAAGACAGCAUUAAUCACAGUCUAUGAUUUUGAAAUUGCACAGCAUGGUGAACUUAUAGGAACUGUUAAACAUAUAGUUUACAUCAUGCCCUAGCAGUUAGAUAAUGAGCUAGGGCAUGAUUAUGAUGCUCUAACAAGCUUAUUUUUCUUUCUCAGAACAGCAAAUUUGCAACUUAACACUUGCAGCUUAGCCUCGUACUUGGCCUGAGAUUGAUGUAUAUAACUUGAACUUCACAUUGUUUUCUAACUUUUUCGCAACCUCUCUCUUUGUCUUGGCACCUUGUAGCCAUUCCCCAUGUGGCACACUCUUGUUUUCUCUUCAAAUAACUAAAUUACUGACCCUCGUAAGUCAUAAAUUUACUCCCUUUCUUCCAUAAUAAUCUACCGCAUCUCUAGUUUUAUUGUCCCAACUCCCAACAUAUAGGCUACUUUUAGGACUAGGUAUAUAGUUAAAGGUCCUUUUGUAAUUCAUAUAUAAAAGUUCCAAAGAUUCACUGCAUUGUUAGUGGAGAUGUAAAAGUUUAAAUUAUAGUUCCUGUCCUUAUAAAUGUGAAAAUGACUCAAUUUAAACGUGGCCUGUCUUAUAGAGGCAGAAAUGCAGAAUGAGUAUCACUAAAUGUAGCCAAGUUCUGGGGCAUGUAGUUAGUCUCAAAUUCAGAAUAUUAUCUACCUCCCUUUGCUAGAGAUCCUUAGGAUCGGUAAAGCUGUUAGUGUUGUCUCUUGGUGUGAUUGAUUCUUGCCUUUGGCAAAUCAGCCAUCAGGCAGAUAUUCAUAUGAUUUUAACCACUGCCUUUCACUUUUAAGGGAUGGAAAGUUGGUGUGGCUAGCCUCGGUUUGAUUGUUAUAGUACGUUUAUUUAGAUCAUUAGUUACUGGUGUACUCUGACUGCACUGUACAGUCAUAUUUCGUUGAAAUCUGAUUUCUCUUUGUUGCUUGCGUGACACUCGUUAGAUUGUUCUUUAUAGGCUUCAUUUAGUUUCAUUGCAACUCCUUUGUCAUGUGAGGUUGCUUGCGAUUGGUCAAGAGAUAGAUAACGUUACACACUUCCCAUUGGACCCAUUCCAUUGAUUGUCAGCAAUCUUUGUGAUUGAGGGGGUUGAAGACAAAGAACUGGGCUACUUUAUGCUAUGCAUUCUUUUUAAUUGCGAAAUAAUAUGAGAAUUGAAAAAGAGAAAUGCAAACGUCUAUCCCAAGUUUCUCCUUAAUUGGCUAAUUCUGGGAGGUAGGAAACCAAAUAAAUUAGGGGGUGUUUGGUUCAUUAUAUUGAAAUGGAUUGGAAUGGAAUCUCAUACUAGAAUGGUAUGGAUUCUAAAACCCAUACUAGCCUAAAGUUGUUUGGUUUAAUGUUGGAAUGGAUUGUAUUCUUCAUUAAUAGAAUGGAUUGUGAAUCUUAGGGGGGGAGGUGGGUAUGGGUAGGCCUAUACAAAACUAUCCGAAAAUCCGAUAAUCCAAUCCGCAACCGAUCCGAAUUUUUGGAUAUCCGAUCCGAGUUUCAUUUCGAAUCGGAUAUUCGAUCCGAAAAAG